UUUCUGUUUGCGAAAGUAGCAGCGAGUUACCUACCUUCGUUUUAUCAAUUUGUAUUGUACAUAAUUCCGAUGUGAAUGAACAACGAUUCACAAAAAAGAAAUGGCCAAAUAUUUAAAUAUUCACCCGAACCUAAUUAAGGAAAGGAAAGGUGCCACAUUCGAUCCAUAUACAUUAACUUGUUUACUGUGGGGCGGUGACGAGGUUGUAAAGCAUAAAAGAAAUCUAGUUGCAUCACUGGAAAAUGACCCAAAUCUUCAAGAUGAGAAUUUAUCAGACUUUUUAUCACAAGAGGAGAAAAUUGAUUUUGCAAUAAAGAAAACUAUAUAUCUCUUCAGAAAACUUGGAAUGAAUGAGAGAGAAUAUUUCAUGUUUUUAUUUCAAAACUUCUAUCCUUCCCAGCAGCUAGGUUUCCCUCUUCACUUUGCUAUGUUUGCUUCAACAUUAAAACUUUUAUGUAAUCCUGAACAGGCUAACUACUGGCUACCCAAAGCAUUCAACUUAGAGAUAGUUGGAUCUUAUGCUCAAACUGAAUUGGGACAUGGUACAUUUUUAAAGGGUUUAGAAACCACAGCUGUAUAUGACCCACUAAAUGAAGAGUUUGUGCUAAACACUCCAACUAUAACAUCCACGAAAUGGUGGUCAGGACAAUUGGGCAAAGUAGCAAACUAUUGCAUUAUCAUUGCUCAGCUGUAUAUUAAGAAUAAGUGUUAUGGAAAUCACCCAUUCGUCCUACAAAUCCGGAGUUUAGAAGAUCACAGCUUCAUGCCAGGAGUUAUUACUGGUGAUAUUGGUCCAAAAAUGGCAUUGAAUAGCAUAGACAAUGGUUUCAUGAAAUUAGAUAAUGUUCGAAUACCCAGAAAUCAACUUUUAAUGAAAUAUGAUCAGGUUCUUAAAGAUGGUACUUAUAUAUCAGGCCCAAAUAAAAAAUCUAUGUAUGCUUCUAUGAUGACAGUAAGGUGUGCCAUAAUUAUGGCGAGUGCUCAGAGUCUAGCAGCUGCAUGUACCAUUGCUGUUCGUUAUAGUGUUGUGCGUCAACAAUCAGAAGCAGAACAAGGGGCUGGUGAACAAUCAGUGCUUAACUUCCAAACUCAACAGUAUAGACUGUUUUCUGCUUUAAGUACUACUUAUGCAUUGUUUUUUGCUUGGAAAAGUGUAAAUGAGGCUUGUCAACAGAUAUUAACAGAUGCCGCACAAGGAAAAACUGAUCAAUUUCUAUUUUUGCAUUCCAUUUUAGCUGGUUUAAAGUCGCAAAGCACCUGGUUGGCUACAAAAUAUAUCCAAACUUGUCGGGAGUGUUGUGGUGGUCAUGGCGUCUCUUCUGCAAGUGGUUUACCAUUACUUGAAAGUCACACAGCUGUUUCUUGUACAUAUGAAGGCGAUAAUACUGUUAUGAUUCUUCAGACUGGAAAAUUCCUACUUAAAUGUGCUAGAGACAUUUUCCAAGGAAAGAAUUUGGUUGGUUUUGUCUCAUACCUCAAUGCCAAUUACACAACAGAACAUCAAGAUGUUGACUCCAAUUUACACUUGUCAGCACUACUGAGAUUAUGUCAACAUAGAUCCAAAAGAAUGCUUUUAUAUAUUUCAGAACUUGUUUUUGAGAAGAUAAAUUCUGGAAGCUCACUUGAACAGGCAUUCAAUAUGUGGUCAAAUGAGAUAAAAAAUAUGGCUGUUGCUGUCUGUCAAGUUUACACCAUGGAAAAAUUCAUUGAAGCUAUUGGUCAAAUAAAAGAAAAUUGCUUGGCAUCAGUAUUGACUGAUGUUUGUAAAUUUUAUUGUGUAUUUAAUAUUGUGGAGAAUAUUGGUGAUUUUUUACAAUUCAACCUUCUCACCCAAGAACAGAUAAAAUUACUGAAAACUGCAAUGUAUAAUCAACUGUCCAAAAUAAGGCCUAGUGCUGUAGCAUUAGUAGAUGCCUUCGAUUUCUCUGACCGUUUGCUUCACAGUGCUCUUGGUCGUUAUGAUGGUCAAGUUUAUCAAGCUCUUUAUGACUAUGCCAAACUUGCUCCAAUUAAUUCAAAAGAAGUACAUGACAGCUGCAAGGAACAUCUGCUUCCAUUUCUCAAAGAGCAGAGAUUGAAAGCUCAAUUAUAAAGGAAAAUUUUAGAUUUUAAUCUUUACAAAAUUAUAAUUCCUCUAGACUUUGUCUACUCAUUCACCUGGUGCUAUAGAAUCUGUUUCAUAAAAAUACUGCAUACAGUACAUAUUUUCAUUGUUAUAUUUCUGGUUUCCUCACGGAUUUGUUAAUGAAGAAAAUUUUUUUGAACUGUUCUUUCAAUGGAAAGAUUUUCUAUGAAACGCCAACACUUAUAUGUUGGCUUUUCAUUGACCAUUAACUUUAAGAAAGUUUAGUACUUUUGCAGUGGAAUGAAUGAAACUGAUUAUAACUAUUUUAAUUGAUUUCAAAUUAUUUCCAUGAUUGUAAUUAAUUUCUUCAUCGAAUUUAAUCAUAUUAUUCAAAUUAAAAUUUACAAAACCAUAUUUAAAAAAUAUAAUUGCUUAGAUACAUGUUAAUUUCAUCAUACAAAACCAAUAUUUGAUCAGAACAAUUGGGAGCAACUUGAAAUUGAAAUAAUUUCAUCGAAUUCAAAGACACCCUAUAAUUAAUAGAAUAAACAUAAUUAAUUAAUAAAAAAAGUUUUAUUUUUACAUUUGUAACUCUUACUCUUACUUGUUUCAGUCAUUUGACUGUGGCCAUGCUGGAGCACCGCCUUUAGUCGAGCAAAUCGACCCAGG